AUGGUAUCACGACUUCUUCUUGGGGCUCUAGCCUCCCUACCUGGACUGAGUUGGGCGCUGCAACUUCUUCCUCCCACACAAAAUGCUUCCGAUUCACCGUCUACCGGUGCUGUAUGGGAGGUUGGGCCAGUCCCCAAAGUCAUCUAUGUAGAGGAGAAACUCGCGUCCAAGACCGACGAUGACGGUCUAACCCUCAUCCCUCCCAGCGGAUUCGGCUUUGCUGAUGUCUUUCGGGAAGAUCUUAGCCAGCUAACCGACUCUAACUGGACGUUGCUGCGCGUUGAACAACUUCCCAACCAGGCCAAUGUGAGCAGCAAUAGCAUUCUGCUCGCAGAGUUCACGGGCGAUACAUCCUCCAUCACCUACGAGAACGGCGUUCCGACAUCCGAGGGAUACGAGCUCGUCGUCACAUCUACCAGCGUCUUCAUCGGCGGCACCGGCGCUCGUGGUAUGUGGUGGGGGACGCGCACCUUUCUACAGCACCUCCUCCUCCGCCAGAACGGAACCGUCCCCGUAGGUCGAUCCGUCGACGCCCCGGCCUACGCCACGCGGGGCUUCAUGCUCGACGCCGGCCGCAAGUGGUACAGCCCCGGCUUCCUGAAAGAGCUGUGCAGCUACGCGUCCUUCUUCAAGAUGAGCGAGUUCCACUACCACCUCAGCGACAACUACCCGCUCAACCGCGGGGCGAACGACACCUGGCAGGACGUCUACUCGCACUUUUCGCUACUCCCCGAGGACGAGUCCCUCCGGGGCAUCCUGCACGGCCGCGAGAACGAGACGCUCUCGCGCGCAGAGUUUGCCGAGCUGCAACGCCACUGCGCCGCCCGCGGCGUGACCGUCGUCCCGGAGAUCGAGGCCCCGGGCCACUGCCUCUACCUCACGAAGUGGAAGCCCGAGCUGGCGCUGCCGAAGCGCGACCUCCUCAACCUGACGCACCCGGAUGCCGUCCCCACGGUGAAGCGCAUCUGGUCCGCGUUCCUCCCCUGGUUCGAGGCCAAGGAGGUGCACAUCGGCGCCGACGAGUACGAUCCCGCGUUGGCAGACGACUACAUCGCCUUCGUCAACGAGAUGUCCGACUUUGUCAACUCGACUGCCGGCAAGCGCGUGCGCAUCUGGGGCACCCACGAACCGUCCGAGACCCUGACCGUGUCGACCGACAUUGUGGUGCAGCACUGGCAGUACGGCCAGUCGGAUCCCGUCCGGCUCGUCGCCGAGGGCUACGACGUCAUCAACUCGCAGGACUGGUGGGCGUACACCUCAAUCAAGAACGACCACACGCCCAUCCUGCCGGCGCGGUACCCGCAGUUCUUCAACGAGAGCCGCGUGCUCGCCUUUGCCGACCGGCCCGGGUGGCAGUGGCAGCCGGCGGACUUCAACCCGUUUAACGUCAGCAUGCAGCUGGACGACGGCGAGCCGAGGAACAAGGGCGCGAUAUUGGCGGCGUGGAACGAUAACGGGCCUGAUGCGUCGACGCAGCUGGAGGCGUAUUACUCCAUGCGGCGCGGGAUUGCCUUGACCGGCGCCCGGGCGUGGGGCGGCGCGAGAGGACCCGAACUGGAUGCUGGUUCCGUUUCUGCUAGUGUUGAUUUCUUUUCUCCUCGUGCGCCGGGACAGAACUUGGAUCGCGUGCUGCUGCCUUCCCCUGAAGUGACUUGGACGCGCACCGAUGAGGACACCGACGGCGGGACUUUUCAUCUCGGACGUGGAAGCAAAGGCAUGAAUUACACCCUGACUCUGUCCGUCACUGGACCUUUCACGCUGUCGGGACCAGACAACACGUUGUCUCUGGAUGAAGAGGGGCACUUGGUUUUCGAAGCCGAUGGGUGGGUUUACCCGCUUCGACACGUCAGUGAGGAAGACGGCCUGGAGCUCGACCCGGGCCAUCCGGGGCGGAUCUGGGUCAACGCAUCAUCUUCUACGCACGAGGAAGUCCGUUUGUCGGAUGACCUGCCGGCGACGAUUACCAUUGCGACGGACGUUGAGCACGGUAGUGUGGUCUGGGUGGACGGGGAAUUCGUGGGGCGGUUUGAGGUGUUCGUGUACGGUGGUCGCAAUACCCAGUUUAGCUGGAGCCAGAUGGCCUUCGUAGCGCCUCUUGAGGAUAUUACCGGGUCUGGGCUUGAAAGGUUGAGACUGUGGCCUGGUAACUCGCAGACAGUGUAA